GUAGUAGGUUUUGUAAUAGCACAAUAGUUCAAAAUGUUUAAGCAUUCGAUAUUUUUCGCUCUUCUGAUCGCCAUCGGAGCAGCACACCCUUACGGAACGAGUCAUGGAGGCCACGAGGACCUCAGCUUCGGGGCAUCUGUAGGGGCGCAUGGGGUUAAACAGAAUGAAGGGUUUGGAUCGCAUGGAAGUAGCGGAUAUGGAGCAUCAGCUGGAUUACAUGAUGGAGGACUCCAUGGAAAUUCAGGAAGCCACGGGGUAUCCCUAGGAUUUGACGAUGGUGAUCACUAUGGAAGUAGUGGAGGUUACGGUGGACAUGGAAGGUCUACUGGCGGGUUGCAUGGGAGUUCUGGUAGCCACGGAGCGUCCGUAGGUUUUGAUGAUAAUAACCAUGGAAGUAGUGGAAGUUAUGGCAGACGUGAUUCCGUUGGAAGCCACGGAAUAUCCUUAGACGAUGAUCACCUUGGAGGCGGUAGAAGUCACGGUGGAAGUGGAGGUUCUUUUGGAUUAAACAUUAACGGGAUGCAUGGGGGUUCCGAAGGCCACGGAAUGUCUUUAGGAUUUGACGAUGAUCACCAUGGAAGUGGUAGAAGUCACGGUAGCCAUGGAGAAUCGCAUGGUGCCGGGAUAAAGGGGAGUUCCAGUAGCCAUGGAGGAUACGGAGGAUCUUUAGGAAUGCAUGGCAACAAUCACCACGGAAAUUACGGAGGAUAUGGUGAUUCUGCUGGUAUGUACAUGGAUGGGCCGCAUGGGAGUAGGGGAAGUCAUGGAUAUGGAGGAUCUGCAGGAAUUGGAGAAGAUUUGUUCGGAAAUGAUCAUCAUCAGAGAAGUUCCGCAGGAGCUCACAAUGUACUAGGAAUAGGUCAUGCAGGAGGGAAAUCAUCAGCAGAAUUAUCCCUUGGUGGUGGUCAUAGCGGGGGUCAUAUUGGAGGUUACAAAACUAAUGGAUACUGAUAAAUAUUCUUGUUAUCUAAUAAAUACCAAGUAUUUAAUUAUCUAGUAUUAAAAUUGAAAAUAACAUUAUGUAUAUUGAAUAAGAAAUAAAAACAAAUAGGUUAGUCUAAAAUCAAAUGAUUUGUUUAAUUUUUGUUUGUCUUAAAAUAUUUUGACUCCCCUUUGGAGAAUAUCAAAAAAUUAACGAGGGGACAAAGUAUAUUAAAAAAUACUUUUUUAACAAUAUAAAAAAAUAGUUUACA